UGGCGCCCCAGUCAGGCAUCGGCGGCAGAGGAGGCAGCGCCCGGUGUACGGCACGUCCUGCAGGGAUCGACGACCCGGGAGCAGCAGCGAUGAUCCGCACGGCUUUGCUGGUGCUGGCGUGCGCGGCGGCGGCGCUGGCCGCCGACUGCGGCGAAUGCGACCCGAGCAAGUGUGCGGUGGCCACCGAGUGCUACUCCGGCGUCGUCAUGGACCUCUGCAACUGCUGCGCCGUCUGCGGCAAGCGCGAGGGUGAGGAGUGUGACGACCCGUCCAUGAAGAUGAGGAAGAGGCUGCGCGGAGACGGCCGCUGCGGUGAGAACCUCGAGUGCCAGGUCAUCAAGACGAACCAGAAGAAGGGCAGAAAGCGGGCGGCGCUGUGCGUCUGCAAGGAGCAGGAGAUGGUGUGCGGCUCUGACGGCAACACCUACCCCAACCUCUGCCAGCUGAUGGAGGUGGCCUACAAGAACGGCACGCAAGAGGCACCCAAGGUCCAGAUGUGGGGGCCCUGCGAGACAGCGCCGGUGAUCGCCAGCGGGCCGAAGCACGCGCACGAGCAGCUGGGCGACAAGCUCGUCAUCGACUGCGAGGUUCGCGGCUACCCCAUCCCCGAGAUCUCCUGGGAGAAGACGGGCGAGGACGGCCGCACCGUCACCCUGCCCGGUGACCGCGAGGACAUGGCGAUCCAGACCCGCGGCGGCCCUGAGAAGCUGAUGGUGACCGGCUGGGUGCAGAUCGUCGACCUCAAGCCCAGCGACUCGGGCACCUACACGUGCAUCGCGCGCAACGGCAAGGGCGAGACGCGCGCCGCCGCUCGGGUCGGCGUCUACAAGGCGACCAAGGGCGAGCUCUGAGCGCGCCUCUGUCCCGUCGUGGUCGGCGGCCCGCGCUGAAUCCACUCACUGGUGCUACUGUUUAGGAGGUGCGCUGCAUCGGCGCUGCGACGGCUCGGUCCGGGCUCCGCCGCUCGAGCCGCCUCGGGUGGGCAGGCGGCCUCCGGCGCGCCUCGCCGGCGCCAGCUCGCCUCGGACGGUCGGUGGAUGUCGAGGAGGUCUGUCGGCACGCGUCACUGCCAUCGCCCCGCGGCCCCUUGUGCGCCGGCUGACCACCUCGAUGCCCAGCCGAGCUGAGCUGGCGGUCGCACGCGACAAAUAAACCGAACACUGCCUGCUUGUUAGCGACGGAUGUGGCCCUCGCUGGUCUGUAAAGAGCUUCAGUGCUGCUAGUCUGUACCGUGCGUCGAUUAUCGUGACUGAAAACGUUGGCGUAGAUGUCAUUAAUACAUUGGAUACAUACAA